GAGAGAACCAAGCCAAAGCCCAGCACUCUUCUCUGCCCAUUCCCCUCCGCACACAUGGAUACAUGACCGGGUGACUUUGGAUUACAGUCCUAUGUCCCGUGUGUGCACAGCUCUCAGACAGAGGCGCCCGCACGUUCUAUACUAUGGCCAGGUGGAUGCUACCCGGGGAUUGCUGGACGGUGGCCAUACUACUGGUGCUGGCGCAGCGAUUCCACACAGCCGCGGCAGGCCAGCCAGUUAACAUUUUAGAAGCUCUGGAACUCAGCGAAUCCAUUGAAGGAGUCACGUUAGCAGCUGGACUAUGUACGCACCGGCAAGGAAUUGAAGAGACGGAUAUUGCCUUCCGUUUGGAGAACAGGACUCAUUUUAGUGCCCCAACCAAGCAGUUAUUUCCAGAUGACACGUUCCCGGAGGACUUCUCCAUCCUCAUCACUCUGAAAGUCAGGAAGGGAGCGCAGUUCUUCCUCUUAUCCAUUUACAAUGAAAAGGGUGUGCAGCAGCUGGGUGUGGAGAUUGGCCGAUCCCCAGUCUUUGUGUACGAAGAUCAAUAUGGAAACCCAACACCGGAGAACUACCCCUUCUUCAAGAAGAUCAACUUGGCCGAUGGCAAGUGGCACCGCAUCGCGCUGAGCGUGGAAGGAAAAAACGUGACCAUGUACGUGGACUGUGAGAAGAAGCAGACCCACUUCCUGGACCGCGGGGACUACGCCGCCAUCAGCACAGAAGGGGUCACCUUGUUUGGGACGAGACUCCUGGACGAGGAGGUCUUCGAGACGGUGGAAGCUGCCGACAUUUGGGUGUUUUCUGAUGAUCUGUGA